AUGAAUGAACCGUACCCAUUUUUAGAUGCAGGCUGUGACCGUCAAUUAAUCUGGCAAGUUUCGGCUUUUGAUCUUAACGUUUACGAGGAAAAUCCAAUAGACAAAGUUUACGAAACAACACAAGCAUAUGAAAGUGAACGUGAUUGCAGUUGCAUUUCGAGAUUUAUUAAGCGCAUACGUUCUACGGUUAAAAGUUAUUUCACAUCUCUUUCAUUACGCCAAGUAAUCUUGAACGAUACGUACGCGGCUUUUAAGAAAUUUCAUUUUACUGUUUCAUGCGAUAAGAGUGGAUUUACAAAAAAAGGGAUGAUCAGGACUUUUGAAUUUUUGAAAAUUGUGUUGAGACACGCCACGAAUUUAUUGGCUGGACGAAAACCUAAGCACUUUCCUUUUUUGCGGGAAUGCGCCUGUCGUCGGUUUUCAGAUGGGAUAUAUAUUGUGGCAACUAAACGGGAAUCGUAAACAAGGAGUUCAAAAUUGCAAAAAUGGAUUACAAACAGUAUAAAUUUUAG